AUGGCUCAAGUAAAAGAACGGACUUUAGAGCAGACCUCUACUUGGGCAGUAGCUGUGGUUUGCUUCGUCUUACUCUUUAUUUCGAUUUUCAUCGAAAAAUCGAUUCACAAGAUCGGAACCUGGUUUAAGAAGAAGCACAAGAAUGCUCUCUAUGAAGCUCUUGAAAAGAUCAAAGCAGAGCUUAUGCUGUUGGGAUUCAUAUCACUACUCCUGACAGUCGGACAAACACCAAUCUCAAAGAUCUGCGUCUCCAAGAGUCUUGCUUCAACGAUGCGCCCUUGCAGCCAGGCGGAAGAGAAUAGAAAAUACCCCGAGAAAGGCGCCGGUAAAAAAGGAGACGAUGGAGAAAAAUCCGGUAGAAGACUUCUUCUUGACUUUGCUCAAGAAGAAAUCCCUAGACGGUUUUUAAGCAAAGGUUAUGACACAUGCGCAGAUAAUGGGAAAGUGGCUUUUGUAUCUGCUUAUGGAAUCCACCAGCUGCAUAUAUUCAUCUUCGUUCUCGCGGUGGUUCAUGUUAUCUACUGCAUUGUUACUUAUGCUCUCGGAAAGACCAAGAUGAGGAGGUGGAAGCAGUGGGAAAAUGAGACUCAGACAAUAGAGUAUCAGUAUUCCAAUGAUCCCGAGAGGUUCAGGUUUGCGAGGGACACAUCUUUCGGGAGAAGACAUCUCAGUUUCUGGAGCAAGACAAGUGUUACUCUAUGGUUUGUGUGUUUCUUCAGACAGUUCUAUGGAUCUGUCACCAAAGUUGAUUACUUAGCGUUACGCCAUGGUUUCAUCACGGCGCAUUUGGCACCUGAGAGCCAAAUAAAAUUCGAUUUCCGCAAGUAUAUCCAGAGAUCAUUAGAGGAAGACUUCAAAACCGUAGUUGAAAUCAGUCCGGUUAUCUGGUUUGUCGCUGUGCUAUUCCUCUUGACCAAUACAAACGGACUACGUUCUUUCCUCUGGUUACCUUUCAUUCCGCUAGUUGUGACUCUAAUAGUUGGAACAAAGCUUCAAGUGAUUAUAACCAGAAUGGGUCUAAGAAUCCAAGAGAAAGGCGAUGUGGUGAGAGGCGCUCCGGUGGUUCAGCUCGGUGAUGAUCUCUUCUGGUUUGGCAAGCCAAGAUUCAUGCUUUUUCUCAUCCAUUUGGUUCUUUUCACGAAUGCAUUUCAGCUUGCCUUCUUCGCUUGGAGUACGUAUGAAUUCAAUCUUAAGAACUGUUUCCAUGAAAGCAUGGCAGAUGUGGUCAUUAGAAUUGUAGUUGGAGCUGUUGUACAGAUACUUUGCAGCUAUGUGACUCUUCCACUCUAUGCUCUAGUCACUCAGAUGGGAACUACGAUGAAGCCAACGGUAUUCAACGAAAGAGUAGCCACGGCGCUAAAGAAGUGGCAUCACACAGCAAAGAAGGAGACGAAACAUAAAACAAAAUCUGAUUCAAACACACCUUACUCUAGCCGUCCAACAACACCAACGCAUGGCUCAUCGCCGAUCCAUCUCCUUCACAAUUUCAAGAACCGAAGCGCUGAAGGUUUCCCGGAGUCUCCUUCUCCUAGAUACUCUGAUCGUCAUGACGACCACCAGUUUUGGGAUCCUGAGUCUCAGCACCAAGAAGCUGGAUCUUCCACACAUUCUCUUCCGCAGGAUAGCUCUGAGAAGAAGCCUAUUAUUGCGUCCGUGGAACUUCCUCCUAUACGGACUAGCAAAAGCGCAAGAGAUUUUUCUUUCAAGAAGUGA